AAUACCACAAAUACUUCCACUUAUUUUUUACCACGGAAACGGAUUAUUUUAUAUUGCAAAUAAAAUUAGAGUUUCCAGCCAGAUCCUAAAAUAUUCUCAAUCGAAAUCUCAUGAACAUCAUAAAUCCAAUUUCUGUCGAAUCUAUCAGUUGUCAAAGGUUCUUCACUUUCCCUCUUUUUGUGUUUUUGGGAAUACCAGAGUUUUGCUAGUUGUUUUUAAGAAAAAUAUUGAACCAAUUUGUUAUAGUUCGUGUGUCUAUACAAAAAUUGAUUUAUGAAGGCAUUUUAUUUCCUAUAAUAUAAUAGAACACAAAAUGGAGAAUGGGAUACUUUCCUGGGUGCCAGACUGCUGGAAAAAGGAUGAUAUGAGUGCUCACUCAUGGUGUCAGAGAAUAGAAUUGGAAAGAACUUGUGAAGAAUUUGAACAAAUUCAAUAUGAGAUAAGAAGGGCUACUCUAGAUAUCAAAAAGCACAUAAGAUGUAUCGAAAGAAAUCAGUCUAUAUAUGACUUGGGACAAUUCCUUAUUAGGGGACAGCUUUUGAUGACUUUAAAACCUUUUACCAGCUAUUACAAAAAGAUACAAGAUAAUCUGAUAACAGAAUCUUUUGAAAUAAAGCCUGACUGUUUCUCAAAACAAAAUGAUUACAAAUUCUGCAAUAAACAUGAAGAUACUGAAUUUGGAGAUUCGAACACAAAUGGAAUCCAAAAUAUGGCCACUAAGGGUGCCACUCAAUAUUACAAAGCCAAAAUCAAGUCUCUACAAGUCGAAAAUCUGAAGAUGCAGUCGGAAAAUAAGAAAAAGAGUGAAGAUCUUAAGAGACUCCAAAAAGAAAAUCAGUGUUUACAAGAAGAAAAAGAAAAGUGGUUUAUGGCAUACAAUUCUGCAAAAAACCAUAUUGGCAAACUAGAAUCUCAGGUAUCUGAAAUAACUUCGAGAUUUCAAAGUAAAUGCUCUGAAUUCAUAUCGAUAAAAAAAGAAUCUGAACAAUUGAAGAAGGACUUGAAGACUUCAAAUUUGAAUCUCAAGAAUUUCGAAGUGCGACUACUCAGAGCCCAAGAAGAAAAUGAAAAAUUGAAAGAUUCUAUUAAAAUCGUAAAAGAUGAUGAAAAGGAACUGAAGGAUUCGUUUCGGAAACAAAUUAGUGAUCUGACAACAACAAUGAAACAUAUUGAGAAACACAAGAUGGAGCUUCUGAACGGUUUCAAAAAACAAUUGCAACUGGUAGAUAAUCUUAAAAAACAGAAGAUAUAUUUGGAAACUCUGAGAAUAGCUGAAGCUUCCGAAGCUGAAUAUUUGAAAAUACUGGAUUGGAAGUUGGAAUGAACUUUUCAUGGUAGACUUUGCAAUGUUCAAAAUCAAUUCAUUAUUUAAGGUAAACAUGUUUUGAAAGCUUU